UAAUGAGCACGAACCAUUUUGAGAAUAUUAUCGAGGAGCCUUAAGUUUUAUGUUACCUUAAUUUAUGUUAGUUAUUGUGUAUAUGCUUCGUUUCUAUAAAAAUGACGAGAAAAGACAAUGAUUAUCCUAAGAGUAUUUUUUGCGUCCCGAUAACUCUGCUCCGAGCCUGUGGCUUUAUUCCAUUGCGAUCAACGGAUAGAAAUCCCAAGCGCCACGCACUGGACAUUUUUCUACGAGCAGUGGCCGCUUGCAUCUGUCUCUGCUCGUGGUUUUUCCUGGUAACCGCCGCUGAUUCGUCGCUUGCGGAAUUUUCUCGCGCUAACAAAUCACUGUUCCCAACCAACAAUCCAGUUAUCAGAGCAAUGUUGAUCGCCACCGCCUGUGUAUUUAGCUGCCGCGCUGCGUUUGUGCUGACCACAGUGUCGAUCAAACGCGGCGCGUGGAUGGAACUCUUCCAUAGGUUAAAUCACGCUAUCAAAUUAUAUUUGGAGAUGUAUAACACACCCAAGCGAAAAAUUCUGCGACUGAAAUUUGCGACGCUUGGGAUUGUUGUGACCUUUAUUGUGCUGCUUUGCAUCUGGUUGUACUUGCAUGUGAUGGGAGCCAAAACCAGUCUCGGCAAACAGCACAAUCUCCAUGAUUUUCAAAUUGUCGGUUCUUUGGGCAUUAAAGUGUAUUAUUGGCAGUUGUCGCUUCUUUGGCUGUCUUGUGGCGUGCUACCAUUUAUUUUGACGCAGUUGAUAUUUUCUGUUAUCACUGUUGCGGCUCUUGUACAAGAUACAAUGCUGCAUAAGAUAAAUUCGGAAAUCGAGAAUAAUGUGGAACGAGUUCGGAAGAUUUCCGAAAGUGAGGACGCUGUGACAAUUAAUGGGAGUAUUUUCAAAGAAAUUGAUGAAAACGUUAGUCGCGCCAGACGGCUAUAUAACGCCAAUCUCCAGUUCUGUCAUUAUUUUAACAAGCACUUCUGCACGGUGCUGCUGUUUAUUUAUUUUGCGGACUGCUUCUGUAUGUGCGGUAACGUCGGCUUGUUGGUAGCCAGCUUCUCGCACAGUGAAGCACAGCUGGGGACAACUGUUAUGCGGUGGAGUACUGUCUACGGGGUAUUUAUGUUCAUGACCGGCAUCGUUGUGUGCUUCGUUCCCAUGGCAUACGUUUAUGAACAGGCGAAAAAUAUUGCCAACAACUACGAGAAUCUUGUCGGUCUUAUGGAAAUUGUGGAGCAAGAGCACGCGGAGUGUUGCCGGUCAGAGAUAGUGGCGCAACCAAGCUCCAUCCAGCCAGUAUUCCUCAGGGAAAUGUUCUACGGCGUAGGCCAUUUGUUUCACAUCAGCGGAAAAUUCAUUGUUACGACGAUAACAUUUGUGAUUUCGUUUGUGGUUCUGGCAUUCGAAAUUAUCGACCUUUCGGAAUUGAAGGAUCGUGUAGCGGAAGUCAAGACACUUCUUCUCAAUGGCACACACGAGUGCAAUCGUUAGAAAACAGUUACCGUGUUCAACCUAGAACCAGCUGAAAUGCAAUGACUUACAGAGUUGAGUCGUUUUACGAGGUACAAAACCCAUUACUGUUUUUUCUAGA